CUUUAGGAUUGAGGCAGGAACACACCCAGAGCUCUGAGCUUUGAAGAAAAAAAAAGAGAGAGAGAAAAAAACCCCAGAAAGUUUCGGAGGAGACCGUGCAGUGCAGCGAGGAACUAAGGUGGCCAGAGAGGCGCCUUCGCCCGUCCGAGGAGAAGGAAAUAUCAGAAAAGUGAACGCAUCUACACGGAGGAGAAACGCCCAAGAGAGGGAGAGUGAGAGAGAGAGGAGCACUGACUGGGCAACUUUGUAAAACAUGUCAACUUCGGAUGAAAAUGACGCGCUGCGCCCACGAUAUGGCUCCGUUCUGGAUGGAGUGGAGCGGCUCACAGCCGAAGAGAUGGACGAGCGGCGGCAGCAGAACAUGGCAUAUGAGUAUCUGUGCCACCUGGAGGAGGCUAAACGGUGGAUGGAGGCUUGUCUGAAUGAGGAGCUGCCGCCCACCACAGAGCUGGAGGAGGGCCUGCGGAACGGCGUCUACCUGGCCAAGCUUGGCAACUUCUUCGCCCCCCACAUCGUGUCUGUGAAGAGGAUCUAUGACCGUGAGCAAACGCGCUACAAGGCCACUGGGCUCCACUUCAGACACACAGACAAUGUCAUCCAGUGGCUGAAUGCAAUGGCUGAUAAAGGCCUUCCCAAGAUUUUCUAUCCUGAGACUACAGACAUCUACGACAGGAAGAACAUGCCUCGCUGCAUUUACUGCAUCCAUGCACUCAGCCUUUACCUGUUCAAGCUCGGUCUUGCCCCCCAGAUCACAGACCUCUAUGGCAAGGUCGCCUUCACAGAGGAGGAGAUUAACAACAUGAAGAGUGAGCUGGAGAAGUACAACAUUCAGAUGCCAGCGUUCAGCAAGAUUGGUGGCAUCCUGGCCAAUGAGCUUUCUGUGGACGAGGCAGCUUUGCAUGCUGCAGUGAUUGCCAUCAAUGAUGCCAUUGACCAUGGAGAACCCCAGGGCACACUGGCAGCCAUGAGGAACCCCAACGCUAUGUUGCUGAACCUGGACGAGAGCUCUGCCCAGCACUACCAGGACACACUGUUCCAGGCCAAGGCUGAGAAAGUGGCCAACUCCAGAAAGAGGAUUGGGGAGAACGCAGAUGCAGAGAGGGACGUCUAUGAGGAGCUGCUCACACAGGCUGAAAUUCAGGGAAAUGUCAACAAAGUGAACUUGGCCAAUGCCUUGAGUUCGACAGAGCAGGCCCUACUCAGCGGUGACCAAGACAGGCUUUUUGAGGCCCUCUCCUCCCCGGCUUUGGGCCUGCAGUCCUUGCAGGCAAAGAACAAGGAAUGGUACCUGAAACAGUUGAUGGCUGAUCGUGAGGCUAAGGAGCAGGUGAUGGAGAAUACAACAGGAGAGGCACUGACCAAAGAAGAGCUGCAGAGUGGGGUGGAUGUGGCCAAUGGCAUUGCUGAAGGCUAUCUGAAAAUGCUGCGGGCUGUAGACAGGAUAAAUGCGGCCAUUAGAAAGGGUGUGGCUGAGGACACAGUGAACGAGCUGAUGAACCCUGAGGCUCAGCUACCGCAAGUCUACCCAACUGCUGCAGAACUCUACCAGAGAGAACUGUUGAGCCUGCAACAGCAAAGCGCCGAGGGCUCACUCACGCACCCGGAGCUGCUGGUUGCCGUGGAGAUGCUGUCAUCGGUGGUCCUAAUAAACGAGGCUCUGAAUGUGGGAGACCGAGCGGCUGUGUGGAAACAGCUCAGCAGCUCCGUCACUGGCCUCAGCAACGUGGAGGACGAGUACGCCCAGAGGUAUAUGGACGAGCUGAUGCGUCUCAAGGCUGCAGCAAGAGAAGAGGGCAGCGAUUAUCUGACCUGGAACGACAUCCAGGCCUGUGUGGACCAGGUCAACAGCACCGUCCAAGAGGAGCAUGAGAGAAUUGCUGCUAUCGGUCUGAUCAACGAGGCCUUGGAUGAGGGAGACCCAAAGAAGACUCUGGAAGCUUUGCAGCACCCUGCAGCCAAGCUAACGGACGUGGAUCCAUCAAUCGCUCAGCAUUAUUUCGACAAACUCCUGGAGGCUCGCAGGGAGAAAGCUCACGAGACCCGGGACCCAUCAGCUGUCCUCUGGCUGGAUGAGAUUCAGGAGGCCAUCCUCAGGGCCAACAAAGACACAGAGGAGGCAGUGCAGUUCUCUCAGGCAAUCCAGGCCAUUAACGAGGCUGUGGACAGUGGGGAUUCAGCCCAGACGCUGGCUGCCCUGCGUGCUCCUGGUGCCAGUCUGUACGGGGUGACCCCGGAGUGUGCCCAGACCUACCAGCAAGACCUGACCAAGAUCAAGGAGGACAAAAAGAACGAGGGUGAUAAUGGCAGUGAGUGGAUGAAGCACUGGGUGAAAGGAGGUCAUAACUAUUACUACAACCUGAAGACUAAAGAGGGCACUUGGGAUGAGCCUGCUGACUUUGUGCAGAACAACACACAGCUAAACAAGGAUGAAAUCCAGUCUGUUGUUUCUGGAGUAACUGCUGCCUAUAACCGUGAGCAGCUGUGGUUGGCCAAUGAGAGCCUGAUUGCCAAGUUACAGGCACGUUGCCGUGGUUACCUGGUGAGACGAGGUCUAAAACAGCGUCUUGACUUCCUGAAAGGCCAGGACCCAGCCAUUAAAUGCAUUCAGGCCCACUGGAAGGGUUACAAAGAGAGGAAGGCAUUCAAAGACAGAAAGCAGUACUUGAAAGAUCACACUGAAGAUGCUGUCAAGAUCCAGUCGAUGGUUAGGAUGCACCAGGCUCGCAAAAAGUACAGAGACCGGCUGCAGUAUUUCAAAGACCAUAUUGAUGAUGUGGUGAAGAUUCAAGCUUUCAUCCGAGCCAAUAAAGCGAGGGAUGACUACAAGACACUCAUCAACGCGGAUGAUCCUCCGAUGGCGGUUGUCCGUAAAUUUGUGCACCUGCUGGACCACAGUGACCAGGACUUCCAGGAAGAAUUAGAUCUAAUGCGCCUGAGAGAGGAAGUGAUCACCAACAUCCGUUCCAACCAGCAGCUGGAGAACGACCUCAACCUGAUGGACAUCAAGAUCGGCCUGCUGGUGAAGAACAAGAUCACCCUGCAGGAGGUGGUCUCCCACAGCAAGAAGCUGACCAAGAAAAACAAGGGAGAGCUGUCCAAUCUUAUGAUGAUGAACAAGCAGAAGGGAGGAUUGAAGGCUCUCAGCAAAGAGAAGAGAGAGAAGCUGGAGGCCUAUCAGUACCUUUUCUACCUGUUGCAGACCAAUCCCACCUACCUGGCCAAGCUGAUCUUCCAGAUGCCCCAGAACAAGUCCACCAAGUUCAUGGACUCUGUGAUUUUCACGUUAUACAACUACGCCUCCAACCAGCGUGAGGAGUACCUGCUGCUCAAACUUUUCAAAACAGCGCUGCAAGAGGAAAUCAAAUCAAAAGUGGACCAGAUCCAGGAGAUUGUAACUGGAAACCCCACAGUCAUCAAGAUGGUGGUGAGCUUCAACAGAGGAGCUCGGGGUCAGAAUGCCCUGAGGCAGAUUCUGGCUCCCGUCGUAAAAGAAAUCAUGGACGACAAGACGCUAAACAUCAAAACCGACCCAGUGGACAUUUACAAGAGCUGGGUGAACCAAAUGGAGUCUCAAACAGGAGAAGCCAGCAAACUGCCUUAUGACGUCACACCAGAGCAGGCAAUGAGCCAUGAGGAGGUUCGCAACCGCCUGGAGGCGUCCAUUAAGAACAUGCGUACAGUCACGGACAAGUUCCUGUCGGCCAUUGUAGUCUCUAUUGACAAAAUCCCGUACGGGAUGCGUUUCAUUGCCAAAGUGCUGAAGGAUACACUUCAUGAAAAGUUCCCUGACGCCACUGAAGAUGAGCUUUUAAAGAUUGUUGGAAACCUGCUAUAUUACCGCUAUAUGAACCCUGCCAUUGUGGCCCCCGAUGCUUUUGAUAUCAUCGAUCUCUCAGCUGGAGGUCAGCUGACCACUGACCAGCGUCGGAACCUGGGUUCCAUCGCCAAAAUGCUGCAGCACGCUGCCUCAAACAAGAUGUUCCUCGGGGACAACGCCCAUCUCAACCCUAUUAAUGAGUACCUCACCAAUUCCUACCAGAAAUUCAGACGCUUCUUUUUGGCAGCUUGUGACGUCCCGUCACUGGAGGAGAAAUUUAAUGUGGAUCAGUACUCAGACCUGGUCACUGUGUCCAAGCCAGUUAUUUAUAUCUCCAUCGGAGAAAUCAUCAAUACUCACACGCUCUUGCUAGAUCACCAGGAUGCCAUCGCUCCGGAGCACAAUGACCCCAUUCAUGAGCUGCUGGAGGAUUUGGGAGAGGUGCCUACCAUCGAGAGUCUGAUAGGUGAGAAUCCACUGCCCCCUGAUGACCCUAAUAAGGAGAUGAUGGGCAAAACCGAGGUCUCUCUCACCCUCACCAACAAGUUUGAUGUCCCUGGUGAAGCCAAUGCUGAAAUGGAUGCAAAGACUCUUCUUCUGAACACCAAGAGGCUCAUUGUGGAUGUGAUCAGGUUCCAGCCAGGGGAAACACUCUCUGAAAUCCUGGAAACUGCUGCAACCCAAGAACAGGAGGUGGAGUAUCAGCGCGCCAUGCAGCGGCGAGCCAUUCGCGAUGCUAAAACCCCAGAAAAGAUGAAGCAGGCCAAACCAGUGGUGGACGACAGCCUCACUUUGCAGGGCAAGAAGGACAAGAUCAAGAGCAACCUCCAGAGACUGGCAGAGCUGGGCAAAGUCCAUCCAGAGAACAGAUACCAGGAUCUUAUCAAUGACAUUGCUAAGGAUAUCAGAAACCAGAGGAGGUAUCGUCAGAGAAGGAAGGCCGAGUUGGUGAAGCUUCAGCAGACCAAUGCUGCCCUCAACUCCAAGACCAGUUUCUAUAAUGUGCAAAUUGACUACUACAACCAAUACAUCAAGACCUGCAUGGACAAUCUAGCCAGCAAGGGCAAAGUGUCGAAGAAGCCUGGAGACAACAAGGCCAAGAAGACCAAGCAGGCAUCACAGAAGUACACGGCAGCGCGGCUGCAUGAGAAGGGAGUGCUGAUCGAGAUCGAGGAUCUUCAGACAAAUCAAUUUAAGAAUGUGCAUUUUGAGAUCUCCCCAUCUGAGGUUGUAGGAGUGUUUGAAAUAAAAGCCAAGUUUAUGGGAGUACAUUUGGAGACGCUAAUGUUAGAAUACCAGGAUCUUCUGCAGUUACAAUAUGAGGGAGUGGCAGUCAUGAAACUCUUUGACCGAGCCACCGUAAACGUCAACCUGCUCAUUUUCCUGCUUAAUAAGAAGUUUUAUGGCAAAUAGAAGAGGCUUCGAGAAGGGCUUUACGGACUUUUGCAUAUGACAUUAUGCCCACAACACAACGCCUGUUCCUGCAGUACUAUAAUUUGUCUUUUCUGCACUACUUGGAAUAUGCCUGUAUACCUGUAUGUGCCUUGCUCUCUUAGGAUAUUUCCUUUGAUGUAUGUUCAUGAAUGCAUCGUUGAGGACCAUUCCACAGUUUCUGGAAAUGUAUUGUUUUUCAUUAUUCCAUUUGUUUCAGUCAGCAUUUAAAUAGAUCUACCCUAGUUAGCUUUUGCUCUCUUGCAACUGUGCUUGCCUGAGUUUUCAAUACUAUGUAUAUGUAAAGAGUGUUUUUGUUACCUAUAAAUUUUAUACUUUGGGAGAACAGAACAUGCUUCUUAGUAUCCCUGUCCUAUAUAGGACGUUUUCAGGUGGAGAAUUCAACCAUUCAGUCCCAUUAGGCAGUUAAAAUGUUUAUCGGAGGAAUCUUUGUCACAAACCUUACUCAAAGUGUUGUAACGCAGACCUGGGUUGUAUUAUCUUGUCAAAUUGUAAUUUAUUGGGAAAAAAAAAGUAGAUAUUUCUCUCCCAGCUCUCAGACGCUUUAUGCUGGAUGGAUUUUACGUUUACGUCCUUCUAAUUUCCUAUUAGCUUGUCCUGAAAAACCUUUUUUUUCCUGAUUUUUCUUUUAUAUUGCCUUAACUUGAAUAAAUUGUUGGGUGAAAGAAGUGAUCGUUUAAUCUUAAGGGGGCUCUUACAUUUCUACUGAUGUAUGUUAGCCAAAUGAGGACAGUCCUGUCACAGUCAUACAGUGCUUUUUUACUCUGCGUCUUUGAAACAAAUCCAGUUACUGCUGGAAAUGGAAGGGAAGUUGCAUAGAGGCAUAAAUCUUGCGCAAGCAUGAGGAUCAGCUUAGCUGUUCUUACCUAAAUGCAGGUUGGUCACAUGAAUAAAUUAAGAUAAUAAAAGGGCUGUACAAUUCAAAGGCUUCUUCAGUUAACUUCUACAUGAUGUGUCUGUUCAUGGUGUUUGUAGUAUAUAGUGGCAUCUGACUACUCUGCCAUCUGAUUGGUGUCGUUUUGUAGUCCUAUUUUUACUGUUACUUUUAAGAACCGAUGCCACCUUUUGACAUAUGUUGCCCUUUCACAUGCAUUUGCUGUAUAUUGUCAUUCUUGAACAGAACUUGAAUGCUGAAGUGCACACUUAAACGUGCACACUUAAAUGUGCACACUUAAAUGCUUACUUUUUUACCUAACAGUAUGCUGCCAUUUUUCCAAAUACCUUAUGUUAAAUGGCCCCAGGAGCAACACAAUCAUGAAUAAAACUAAAUACAUUGAAAACAAAUAAACAGGAAAAUAAUUUAGCCACUUU